AUGUAUAUCACCACAGAAGGUGUUAAAACUGAACAAGCUGUCAUUACUAUUCAGGCUACCGGUGCUACUUCUUGGCAAAGGCAUGAUGUCAAAUAUCAAAAGAAUGAAGCAUUUGUUGAUGUAAUCAAAACUGUCAAUUUGAUCAUGUCUACUGAAGGAAGCGUUCUUUGGUCCGAUAUUGAUGGUCAAAUCCUACUGCGAGCGUACCUUUCAGGUACACCAGAAUGUAAAUUUGGUUUGUACAACAAAUUAGUACUUGAGAACACUGAUCAAGCCAAGGCUAUGGGUGCAAGUCAUGAUGAUAGUUCAGUGGAAUUAGAUGACUGUCAAUUUCAUCAAUGUGUCAAAUUUGGCCAGUUUGAUUCCAAUUGGACCAUUAGCUUUAUUCCACCUGAUGGAGACUUCGAGUUGAUGAGAUAUCGAUCUACCCACUCAUUAGUUCAAGAAUCAAUAAAUCAUCAAGACUGA